UCACAAAACAUUAGGUUUGUCUUGUCCUUUUCAGUGCAUUCCAAAGACUCCACAUUUCCCUUUGGAACCAGGGCACGUACGUACAUAAACCAUCACAUAUUCAUCCAGCCAUGGCUUUCGUAUCCAAGUUGCCCUUGGUUCUUUUCCUCUCUUCUCUCUUCCUCCAUGCUGCAAUAGCUGAGCUUGUUUGCGAGAAUUUGCCAAACAAUGUUUGUGCAUUUUCAAUAUCAUCAUCGGGCAAAAGGUGUUUGAUAGAGACGUCCGUGGCUUGUGAUCAUGGAAAGGUGGAGUACCAAUGCAAGACAUCGGAAGUGUUGGUUAACGACAUCACUGAAUACAUUGAGACCGAUAAAUGUGUUGAAGCCUGUGGGGUUGAUAGGAACACUGUUGGAAUCUCAUCGGAUGCCCUUCUUGAUCCAAAAGCCACUACCAAGCUUUGCUCUCCUGAUUGUUACCAAAUGUGCCCCAACAUUGUCGAUCUUUACUUCAAUUUGGCUGCUGGGGAGGGAGGAUAUUUGCCGGACCUGUGUGAGAAACAACGCGCCAAUCCUCACCGUUCCAUGAGCGAGCUUUUGGGUUCUGGUGUGGCCUCUGGCCCUAUUUCCGGCUCUCCAUCUCGAAAAUUAUACGAGACCGUUCCCCUUUACAUUUCUGAAGCUGCCGCUCCCCAAUAAUCAUGUGACCAUCUGCAUGCAUGAUUUUUGGAGUACUCCAUAUUUUAAAAAUUAGCAAUAUUAGUAAAGUUGAGAGAGAAUAUGUGUUGGAUCAAUGAGGGAUUGAAAUUUGAGGGUCGAUCCUUCUAAUAUUGGAGUGGAGUAAUGUUAUGAUAACAUCUCUACGUCAGACAAUGUUUAAAAAUCAAGUUUUAACAUUUAAGUAAUGUGAAUGAUAUGUUAUACUCAGUUUAUGAUGUGUUAUACUCAGUUUAAAAAUAGAAUAAUUCAAUGGAGUGUACUGUUGA